AACGCGUCCUUACUCGCAAAAAUUCUCCGUCAAAGUCGUAAAUUCAGUGCUCUGUGCAAAUAUUCGACGGCCAAAAUGCAUUGCUUUCUUCUUCUCCAACCAAACCAAACCCGAGUUGUCCUCUAUACACAAAAACCAGAGCUUUAAAUUCUAUCCAUUGCUAUUUUUGUGCCGUGGAAAUCGGAUUACCAGUCCGAAAUUCAUCGCCGAUCCUGAUUCUUCCUUUAUCACCUUCGACAUUCACAAUUUUUUCCUCGGUUCUUGCUCUCUGGUAAGAAUCCCUCGCCUCACGCUCUCACGCUACGGAUUCCUCUCAACUCUGUAACAUUCCCAUUUACGUUUUCUCGAUUGGAAUUAAUAAAGUGCCUUUCACGAAUCCUUUGGGUUCGUGGCAGGUAUUUUAGUUGAUAUUUUCUUUUGCUGCCAUUUGGUUAUUGUUUGGUACGUUAUUAGAGGUGAGGACGGUGAUGUUGUGUACAAAUAUGAUGUAAAGAUUUGGUGGUUUGUUUUUAGGGUUUUGUUUAUUUAUUAGGGCUUGUAAUUUCAAUAAAGGGAAAUCUUAGGGAUGUCUUCAGCUGGUAUAAUUGCAAUUAGGCCGGCAUGUGAGGAGUCUAUGAUUUUUUCACAACUCCCUCCGGCUGCGGACUGUCAAGAGUCGAUUUUGAUAUAUGUGGCUAUGUCGGGGUCUAAGGUUCCAAUGCAGGUCCUGGAGUCGGACUCCAUUGAGUCUGUCAAGCUCAGGAUCCAGACCUGUAAAGGGUUUGUAGUCAAGAACCAAAAAUUGGUAUGCAAGGGCAGGGAGCUGGCGAGAAGCAACUCGCUGGUUCGAGACUAUGGGGUUAUUGAUGGAAAUGUUUUGCAUUUGGUCCUGCGACUCUCUGACCUUCAGGUCAUUAAUGUGAGGACUUGUUGUGGGAAAGAGUUCACCUUUCAUGUUGAGAGGAGUCAGGAUAUUGGUUACAUUAAGCAUCAAAUAACAAAGAAUAGAAAUUUGGAGUCUAUUGAUGAUCAGGAGGUUUUCUGUAAUGGUGAGCCAGUCGAGGAUAAGAGGUUGAUUAAUGAUAUCUGUAAGGAUAACAAUGAUGCUGUGAUCCAUUUAUUUGUGCGAAAGUCAGUGAAAAUUAGGGGUAGACCUGUGGAGAAGAACUUCGAGUUGUCUAUCGUUGCCCCACAGAAGAAUGACGAGAGGGAGUAUGAUGUGGAUAUGGAAAAUAGGCAUGGCCGCCAAAAGGAAACUGAACAUAAUCUCUACGUCCCAAGGAAGUCUCCAGGUAGAGAUAUGUUAUUGGAGCCUGUAGUUGUUAACCCCAAAAUUCAAUUGGCUCGAGAGAUUAGGGAUUGGAUUGACUCAACACGAGAUGGCUUAUAUAGCAGGAAUUAUCCAAUUAGGUCUUUGGAGGGCACUGGGGGAGCAUAUUUUAUGCUGGAUGCAUCUGGGAGUAAGUAUUUAUCUGUGUUUAAGCCGAUUGAUGAGGAACCUAUGGCCAUGAAUAACCCCAGAGGGCUUCCUUUGUCAGAGGAUGGCGAAGGGUUGAAGAAGGGGACAAGAGUUGGACAGGGUGCAAUCAGGGAAUGUGCUGUCUACUUGUUGGAUCAUCCAAAGAGUGGCCGCCGCUCUUUUUCUGGUGAGCUUAGAGGCUUUGCAGGUGUUCCUCCUACAGUUCUUGUUACGUGCCUGCACAAUGGAUUUAAUCAUCCCAAAGGUGUGACUGCCAAAAUUGGGUCCUUGCAAAUGUUCAUGGAGAACGAUGGAAGUUGUGAGGACAUGGGUCCUGGUGCCUUUCCAGUUGAGGAGGUACACAAGAUUGCCGUUUUGGAUAUGAGAGUUGCAAAUGCAGAUAGGCAUGCUGGGAAUAUAUUGGUCAGCAAAGGCCAAGAUGGCCAAACUGUGCUAAUACCAAUUGAUCAUGGCUACUGUUUGCCUGAUAGUUUCGAGGAUUGCACAUUUGACUGGCUCUACUGGCCACAGGCCCGCCAGCCUUUCAGCACCAACACCCUUGAGUAUAUAAAGUCACUGGAUGCUGAGGAAGACAUUGCCUUGCUCAAGUUCUAUGGAUGGGACUUACCUCUUGAGUGUGCUCGCAUACUUCGCAUUUCAACCAUGCUUUUGAAGAAAGGUGCUCAGUUGGGGCUCACCCCAUUUGCCAUAGGCAACAUCAUGUGCAGAAAAACCGUGAAGAAGGAAUCCAUGAUGGAGGAGAUUGUUCAAGAAGCUCUGGAUUCUGUGCUCCCUUGCUCGAGUGAAGCUGCACUCCUUGAACCCAUCUCUUGCAUAAUGGAUCGCCGUCUUGAGGAGAUCAUCUAAUGAUGGAGCACCGGGAAAUCCAUGCACAUAUUAACAUAUUAGUAGUUGUAAAUGUUAUUCAAUUUGGAGGUUAAUUCCCUUCUGAUUCUUUACAUUUUACUCUUGAAGUUGAAGUUUCUAACUGGAAAAUAACUUUAAGAGAGGUUUGAGUACAGCUUAAAAUGCCUGGACUUUUGUUCCACCUUUUAGUUGAUUAGUCUUCGGUCUUUCUUGUUCAGAAGCAUAAACAUCGCAACUUUUUAUUUUUAGAAUUUUUAGUUUUCUGGUCCUGACAACGAACCAGACGGGUAAAUAUUGAACUUUGUAACUUAUAAAUUAUUGGAAGAUGGUCCAUUGGGACUCUGUUCUGAUAUAACAACUUAUUGUUUUAUUUU